GGCCAGUCAGCCGCCACAGCCGUAGGAGGUCGGACGUGCCCUGACCAGCUCCCGACAGCACCGCCAGCUCAGCGCCGCGCCGCACCGCGCCAGAAAGCUCACUGCAGCACCGGCUUCCAAUCAGUGCCCGCCGUACAGAAUGGCUGAAAUCUACCGCCCGGUCCGUCCGCCCUACUGGACCCGCCCCGGCCGGCCGCGCCCCGGCCCGGGCCGCUGAGCGCAGCCCGCCACCCGCCGUCGUCUCGCCAUGCUCAAGUGGCUGCAGGGCGAGCGGCGCGUCGGCUCCGGCGAGCCGCUGCUCACCGACGACCCGCUGGCGACCAUAGCCGGACGGGGACAGCACCGCCGACGUCCCCAGCCUGUCUACAGCGUAACACGGGUGAACCCGCUGUACAGAGAGGGACCGACGGUGCUGACAGCCCCCGACGGCCGUGGAGACGCCGAGCUCAGUGGCGACUACAUCCUGCCGUACUCGCCGGCGUACGAGCCACCCGGCUCGCCGGAGUACGCCCGGCCCGUCUCCGCCGGCGAUAGCGCCCCGGGUGGAGACCUGGAUACGGAGCGGUUGAGCGUGACCUCUGCGGGUCCCGCCCGGCGACCAGCGAGGACCCCGCCACCGCCGCCAGCGCCGCCGCCACGCAGGGCGCUCCAGCUGCGGCAGAGCCAUGGCUGGGCCGGCCUAGAUGUGCUCAAGAUGGAUAGCGAGUUCGUGAGUGGGAUGUCUGUAAACCUGGCGAGACUGAGACCCAAGCCCGGAGAGGAGCGCAGGACGACGUCGUCACGGCAGAGGACGGCAAGGAAGGCGGCAGUCAGACGAAGGCCGCCAUCCCGCCAGACGCUCGUGGCAAACCCCGAGUUCGUCAAGAGCGUCGUGGUGACGACGAUUAGCGCGCAACCGGCAGAGUGUCCGAAAACAACCAUCACGAAAAAUUCAGAGUAUGUGGUGUUCAUUGGAUUCAGGUGUCGCCACACGAAGUCGGUUGCGCCGCCAUCAUCCAGCAACGCUUGUCCCAACAUCACCGUUGAGCUGAACCCUGUCUUCGUCAAAAGAAUCUCUCCGAACUGUCGUCAUUUGCAGGACGCUCCAUCUCAUCGAGAUUGGACCAAAAGUCUUCCUGCGCCAUCAUUCGUCAUCGGUUCUCCUUCGCAGGCCCCAUCUUUCUUCAUCUCAUCUCCCAAGAACGAAGUUCCUGCCCUCCGUUCAUCUGCGCCACCGCUGGACACAGGCCCAGAUUCCAUCGUCACAGACUCUCUCCUCGUACUGACUUCUCCCGAACUUUCCCCGGCGGCCACGCUGCAUCCGCGCCCCCUGACUCCCGCCCUUUCGUUUGGGGACCAGCUAACCCCUGACCAUGUCCUGGCUCAGUUCAGUCAGGUCAUUGCCAACAGUCGCUCUGUGUCGCUGGUCCGCCGUGCCGGCAGCGACGCGCGAUCUUCGGCGGGCUCGUCGACAGGCUCGGUGGGCUCGUCGCAGGCGUCGCGCGGCUCUGGCCGACCCGACCCGGCCCUGGCCGCCGCGCCGGUGGCCUUCGUCACCGACCUCUGGCAGCGCUCCGGGCUGCGCACCAACGGCCGCAAGCUGCUGGUGAACGAGGAGGGCGAGGAAGAGACGUGGCCGGAUGCUGGCGGCAGGCGGCCCAGCGACGGUCGCACGCCGUCGCCGCCUGUUCCUCCACGGCUGCCCAUCAGCCACGGCUGGCUCCAGCGGCUGGCCGAGCUGCCCGGCCUGCGGCCGACGCCCACCGUCCGCGCUGCCGAACCUCUCGACCCGAACGCCCUCACGGCUGUCGUGGUCGAGCCGGCUGUAGCCACGGCGCCCUCGGGCCCGGCCAGCGUCCCCUCGGGGCGGCACGUCAAGUUUGCUGGCGCUGACGGCGACUUCCGACUGGGUCCGCCGUCUCUGGGCGCCCCCGAGCAGCAGCGCCUGUGGAACACCUACUACGGCGCCGGCUCCGGCAGCGGCUACGGCGCGCUGCAGCCGGCGCCGCUCCAUCUGCAGGAGGUGAAGAGAGCCGCCGGUCUUCAUGACCGCAAGGUGAGCGAGUUCACGCUGGACUCGCGCGGUGCCUCCGCCCUCAAGGAGCGGGCCGAGGCGAGCCGGCGCACCCGGCGUCUGUGGCGGACUGCCGUCGUGGUACUCGUGCUGGCCGCCCUGGUUGGCAGCAUCAUGCUCAUCAGCUGGUACUGCACCAAGGGCAGGCACCUGUUCGGCGCCCUCUAGCCGUCCGGACCCGCGCGCGGAUCGUGGUGAACGAGCCAGUCGCCUCCGUGGCUGGCACAAUGUCGGCCGCCGCCUUAGCGGGUCCAGCCGCGGCAGGAGCCGGCUCGACUUUUGAGCGGCUUGGCUGAAUGUGCUGCAUUCGUCACAGUGUCGACAUAUUUUUGUACUUGUGUGCCAAUGCGCUGUUUCCGAGCGCCAAUGCCUGAAGGUAUUAGACUCGGUUAGGCGACCUGGCACAAAUUGCAUUCGAAAACGUGUGCAUCUCAGCAUUUUAUCGUGUAUAAAGUAUCGCGUCUCGUCUUACUUGAAAGGAUUAAGCUUCAGUCAUCUUCGUUAUGUCGGAAUCUCGAAUUUGGAAACCCCAGUCAUUCACUCGUACUUUUCUGUAGUUAUUCUGUUUUCUCCUCCCACGCGAGCGACUGCUUUGGUAAAUAUGCUUUACUCGCUGUUAUCCGCCUUGUACAUUGUUCUUUCAUCAUGACGUCAUUGAAUCCUGAAUGUGACGCCGCACUUCAGUCCAUAAUAACCAUAAUCGCUAGUGUACCCUACGACUUCCUUGAGGAGUUUAAAAAGUGUAUGGCUCUGUGUUUGUACGAAUGCUAAAGCUCGCAUUAGAUUACGUUUCGCUAAAGGAAAGCUUUUUAACCUCUGACGAGUGACGAUAUCACAAACAGUCUAGAAGCAGCCGGACUAGCUAGAACGCUAGAGAACAUAAACGCCUCACGAUUUUUCAUUUUAAGAAGGAUGCUUCUCCGUCUUGCGUCUGUAUUGUAGUCUUCCCCAGCUGCCAACAACACGUUUGAUACUGCAUAUAUCGUAUUUCUCGCUUCUCUUCCCCCAAAACCAGUCGCGGACGUUGCUAGCUUAGCGGUAGCUUAGCUGUUUUGAGCCGGUGUGUGCCGAGGACCGGCCGCGCGAGGUGCGGCCCAGUUGGUUCGUGUAAUGACCGACAGAUGUCUCUGUACGGUCUGCCGGGACCAUCGUGCCGUCUCAUGCUACGCCCAUGUGAGCGUAGUUUUGUAUGAUAUUUAUUUGUAUUGCAUAUGUUGAUAAUAAACAACGAAAGCUGA